CACUUCAAGAGCGAAUCAAUACCCAAUCAGAGAACAAGAUCAAGAUAUGGCACCUUCAGCCACAACCCCAGUUCCCAAGGACAGCAAUGCCUUGAGCUUCCUCGGCCCUGUCCCAAGGAAGAUGUUUGAGAACCCUCCUCGCAUUCUGAUCAUCGGCGCCGGAUCCCGCGGCAAUGCGUACGCCCAAGGAACUCUAGAUUCCACGAACGGUAUCAUCGCUGCUGUCGCGGAACCCGUGGCGUAUAAACGCCGUGAGUUUGGGAGGAAGUUCAUCUGGGGCGAUGAUGAGGGGGGUGAGGGUAAGAGGGAAGGGCUUGAGUUUGUGGAUUGGAGGGAUUGGGUUGAGUAUGAAACCUCCCGCCGCGCCGCCGCCCGCACGGGCUCCCCCGUUCCCCCCGGCAUCGACGCAGUCUUCAUCUGCGUGCUCGACGAGAUGCACGAACAAGUCCUCGUCGGCAUCGCGCCCUUGAACGUGCACAUUUGCUGCGAGAAGCCGCUCUCGACCAGCCUCGAGAAAUGCAUCAACAUCUACAAAGCGCUUUCUGCUGUUCCCGGGGGAGGUAAAGAGGGGAGGGAUAAGAUCUUUGGCAUCUGCCAUGUGUUACGGUACUCGCCUUUUACGAUGCUGCUGAGGCAGUUGGUGGUAGAGGAAGGGGUUGUGGGGGAUGUUUUGAGUGUUGAGCAUGUGGAGCCUGUUGGGUGGUGGCAUUAUAGUCACAGUUAUGUCCGCGGCAACUGGCGCAACCACUCCACAACCGCGCCCUCGCUCCUCACAAAGUCCUGCCACGACAUCGACUUCCUCCUCUGGCUCCUCUGCACGCCCGGCGGCGCCUCGCACGCGCACAAAUCCACGCCCCCGCACCUCCCCUCGUCAAUCACAUCGACAGGGUCCCGCACCUUCUUCACAAAACAGCGGAAACCGGCGCAAGCGGGGCCAGCGACAAACUGCCUCUCGUGCCCGCACGAACAAGAAUGCAUUUACAGCGCGCGCAAAAUCUACAAAGAGCGGCAUCUGGAUAAGGGGGUUACGGGGUGGCCGGUUAACGUGGUGACGCCGGAGAUUGAGGAGAUUUAUAGGGAUUUGGGGGGAGACGCGGCGGGGGAGAAGCUGUUGCGGGAUUUGGCGGAGGAUUAUACGGAGGAGAGUGAUGUUGGGGAGGUGGAAUCGCGGGGGUGGUACGGACGCUGCGUGUGGGAAUCGGACAACGAUGUGUGCGACGACCAGCACGUUACUAUUCAGUGGGACGCUGAAGAAGGAGGAGGAGGAGGAGGAGGGAGGACAGCAAAGACAGCACAGUUCCACAUGGUGGCGUUCACGCAGAACAUCUGCGCGCGCAGAGGCAGAAUCUACGGCUCGCUCGCGGAAAUCGAGUACGACGCCGACACGAUCCGCGUGCAUGAUUUCCGCUCGGGACAGACGACGGUGCACUCGCCGCACGUGGAGAAGGGCGGGCACGGCGGCGGGGACACGGGGCUCGCGAGGCAGUUCCUGCUCGCUGUGGAUGCGGUGGAGCACGGGGGCGUUGAGGCCGGGGAUGCGCAGAGGAGGUUUCUAGGGUGCGAUUUGGACGAGGUGUUGAGGAGCCAUGCUGCGGUUUUCGCGGCCGAGGAGGCGAGGGUCGGGAGGAAGGUUGUCGAGUGGGCGACGUGGUGGGGGGAGAGGGUUGAGUCGCGGUUGCGAUGA